GAAACUACCCUAUAUAAAAUUAUUGAUCAAACUGUACAAAGCUACCUAGGUAUAAAUUUGGAAAUAAUAUGUCUAUCCCGUAUAGCGGUACGUUACGGAGAUCUGGAGGAGUAGUUUCUGCCAUAGGAAAACAGCUAAGAGGAGUGAAUUUAAAAGCUGCUAAGAGAAUAACAGUUAAAUUUGAUCCAUUUAGCGAUAAUGUAACUCAUACAAGGAAUUUCCUGCACUACAUUAGCUCACAGAAAAUAGGUUUAACAAAUCCUAACUGUACUUUGAAGACAGAAAUUGUUUGCGACCGGAGUGAGCCUACAGUUAAUAUAUCUCUAGUACCUUCUAUAGCAGAAACAGCCAAAGUUAAAGAUAUUACAAUAAAAAGUGGGAAUCUCACUUGUUUAGAAAUUCUUCAGUUGUUGAACAAACAUAUUUCAUCAUUAGCACCUGUUGAACAGCCAGCUGCUACAAUCCAAACAAAAACCGAAAAGAAGAAGAUUAAAAAGAAGUAAAUACGAUUACUACAAUGACAAGAUCAAGUAAGGGUAACCUCAAUGUGGUUGAAGAGUUAUAUAAUCAGAUACCAGCAUUCACUGAUGUCUUCUCAGAGGACACAUUUUACAUUUUUGUUGUAUUCUUUGUUUUAUCAACAAUAAUGGUUGCCUUUAUUUUAUCCAGGUUCAUUACCAUUAAACCUGUAGAGUAGAAUGUAUGGUAGUUAUUUAUAUGUGUCUGAAAUUACAGAUUAAAAAUGCUUUAAUAAAUUGUUAAAAAA